AUGGAGAUAGAUGAUGAGAUGCAAGAUUUGUUAUUGUUGAGCUCGCUGCCAGAAAGCAAGAAUACUCUACUAGUUACUUUAAGUAACUCGACUCCUGAUGAAAAAUUGAAGAUGGAUGUCGUGGCAGACAGCCUCCUGAAUGAAGAGUCCAGCAUAUCUGCAAAUUGCAAUAAACUAGGUAUUUUUGUGGAAGAAGCAGAGCUUGCAGAAUUUGGAGAACGCUUUUCUUGGGAACCAGAUGACAUAUCUACGUAUUGCAAUAAACUCGGUAAUCUUGACGAGGAAACAGAGCUUGAAGAAUCCGAGAACGCUUUUGUUGGGAACCAGAUGGAACAUGGAAAAGGGAUAUGUAUAUGGCAGCCACAUCAGGGGAUUGGGUUGAGGCUACGAGGUAUGAUAAAAAAACAUCCAAACUGGGAAUGUUGUCUUUUGAGUGGUGGUGGAGACACAGCCCUUCAUGUUGCAGUGAGCAUGGAACAAUUCACUUUUGUAGCAAAGUUGGUGGAACGUAUGAGCUUGCAUGAUUUGGAAAUUCGCAACGCAGAUGGGAAUACAGCCUUCUGUAUGGCUGCUAUUUCAGGAAACGUGAAAAUUGCUACAAUUCUAUUUCACAAGAACCCAACAUUGGUAUGGAUUAGAGGCCAUAAAGACAUGUUACCAAUUCAAUUGGCAUCUUCUGCUGGUCACUCUCAUAUGGUGAAAUUUUUAUUUGAAAAGCCUCCGCAAGACAUGCACUUUCAUCUACCCUUCCAAGACGUAGUCAUGCUCUUUUUCUUUACCAUUACAAACAACAUUUUCACUGUGGCAUGGAAUUUGUUGGAUAGAUAUCCGCAACUCGCUAGCACGGGAAACGAAGAGGGGCUAACACCCUUGCAACUGCUUGCUCAAAUACCCUUUUACAAGGAAGUUCCAGGUUAUCGAGAUAUUCUAAGUUGUUUGUCUAUGAAAGAGGAAUUUCUGAACUCUCUAAGAACUUCAGAAGCAAUGUUCGAUGCAGCAAAAUCAGGAAACAAUGUGAUUUUAGAAUAUAUUUUAAAGUACAAUCCAAAUUUGAUGAUUAAAGUGGAUUCCAGAGGACAAAGCUUACUUCACAUUGCUAUUUUAUAUCGACACAUAUCUGUAUACCGACUAAUAAUGAGUAAGGGUGCAUACAAGAAUUUUAUACUGCAGCUGGUUGAUUGUGAUGGAAACAAUGUUCUUCAUUUAGCUGGAAAAUUGUCUGCUGAAGAAAGAUUUGGAUCAUCAGUAUGUCUAGUUCUAAUUUGCAGUGAGGAGAUGUGGUUUAAGGAAGUGGAGAGGAUAGUUCCACCUGCAUUGAGAAGCGUGAAAAAUAAGGAUGGUUGGAGUGCAAAAGAAAUAUUUUAUAGAGAACACAAAGAGUUAAUUGAAAGAGCUAUAUCAGAACUGAAGGGAAUUGCAAGUAAUUACCUAGUUGUAGCAACUCUUAUUGUCACGUUAGGUAUAACUGGAGAUCUCGCAAUUCGUACUAAUAAUAUUGAAGGACGGACUCCAAUAUUUUCGGACUCCAAAUGGUACAUUAUAUUUGCUCUAUCAAUUGCACUUGGAUUAAGCUUAUGCACAAUAUCUAUGUUCCUCUUCACUUCAGUUAUACUCCCUACAGUCUGGAAGCCAAAACGAUGUUAUGUGACCUCUCAGCUAAUAAGAGUUGCUUGUGCGUAUUUGAUGCUGUAUUUCUCUGUUGGAGUCAUGCUCACCUUUUCUGAAGUAUCUGGUGCGGUUUUGAUCUACAGCUUCUUCCCCAAAUGGGUCUUGUAUGCUAUUGCUGCACUUGAUUGUAGUCCACUCAUCUUGUCUCCUUUAAUUUACAAUUAUACUGUGCAUAUUGCUCUGCAAUUCACACUGUGCUAUUGCGAGCAAGUUGCAAUGAGAACACUGUCAAGAAUGGGGAUUAAGUGGAAUCCUAUUUAUAUUCUUUUGUAA